AUGUCUGGAUCAAAUCCUUUCCGCCCUAGGCAGCCCGCGAAUACCAUUAUCUCUCCCCAACCCAAGACUGCUCCGAUCGCCUACAAUCCAGAGUCUCUUUUCUCCGUGCCUGACACCUCACCGCGGUCAAGUCCAAGCUUCCCCAGCUUCUCAACGGCUUCUCACCCUCCCGAGCUCGACGACUCCGCAUCCUCCGAUAACCAAUCCGUCACAGACCCGUUCCAUCAACGCCCCUCCGCUAGUGAUCAAGAAGAUGACGAUGAGGAGGAGGAGAAGAGACAAGACACCGAAGGGUCAACCGUCCACUCACUGGACUCAUAUCCGCCCGUAUCUGUAAAGUCUUCGUCAUCGCGGCCAACCGCUGCGGUCCCGCAGACGCUCAGCACCGAGGACUAUCGCACGCGACGCCAGCCUGUAGCAGCAUCGCAAGAGAAUGCCCCCUUCGCCGGGCGAACGGGUUCUUCUCUAUCUCUCGCCUCCAUAGGAGGGGUCCGCACCCCCGACGGCAGUACAGCCGAUGCAAUUCGACCGUCUCUGCGUCCAGCAGGCCGCACCGAACCAGAAACGCCCCCAUUAUCCGAUACUCGUCCUCGACCACUUGCUAGUCGGUCUGGGAAUAGAGACCGCAUGCCACCCCCUCCGCCCCCCAAGAGUCACCACGGGCGGCUCAUCAAUCCCAGUCCAGGCGCGACAUCCUCCACCUCCCAAACCACUCCCAGUCAACCCUCCAAACGAUUUACCUUCCAUGGUACACCUUCGGAGCCAUCGUACUCGCCUCGUCCGGCCCAACCGGCGACGGACUAUUUUUCUGGCGUCAUGGAGACGAGCGAAUCCACGCAGUCACCGCCCGUCGACGCCCUCCGUCGGAGCCAGUCACAGUACAAGCGGCCCCCAACUCCUCCAUUGAGUCGCCGACAUAGUCAGAUGCGACGGUCGAAGACGACAUCCGCCAAAGUCAAUCCUGUACGAGUUUCCAUUCCACCUGAAGCAGACUCUGCUACCGCUGCUCCACCUGUGGCCAUCCCGCCUUCCAGCCCAAGUAUGUGGUCUUUGCACCCCGCACGAACGCGAGAUUCUCGUUUGGGCAACAUCCCGUCUGAGGAGGCGACAUCAUCCUCGUCUUCCUCGAACAGACUCUCGCUGCAACUUGAUUCCUCCUCUACCCCAUGGACCCCAGGGGACGCCGGGCGGACAGCCUCACCCAGUCCGUCACUGAAGCGCGCAUCGCUUCAAAACCCCCCGCCCCCGCCGCCCCGGCGCUCGCGCAAUUCCAGCAACCACAGCCCGGAUAGUGCGCGCCUCAGCCUCCGGCCAAAUAAACCACCGGUCGCUGCUGGCAAGGAUGACUACGUCCCGCACCCGUCGAAUGCCAACGACAUUCUGGCGGAUCUCACCCGGUUACAGAAGGAGGUCGAUGACCUACGCGGCCAUUACGAGAGUCGCAAGGCGAGCCAGUAAAGCUGGCUAUCUCCUCCAGCCCCGACUACAAGUCUAUACAGUAUGCGAGAGUCUGUUUUGGUCGAUGUGUGUAAACAGGUGCGGUGAAAUGCAACGAGUCAUGAAGCAUAGCGUUUUCUAUUUUUUUUCCUAGAGUCUAUUCAGGAUUUAUAUUUAGGGUCUGUAUGUAUGCGCACACAGGACGCAACUGAUGGAUAGGAUUAUAC